GAGCGGGAAAGAUGCCCGUCAUCCAGAAGCCCACGAGAUACGGCCACACCGAGGGACACACGGAGGUCUGUUUUGAUGAAUCCGGGAGUUAUAUUGUAACAUGUGGAAGUGAUGGUGAUGUGAGAAUUUGGGAAAACCUGGAUGAUGAUGACCCUAAGUUCAUUAAUGUUGGAGAAAAGGCAUACUCAUGUGCUUUGAAGAAUGGAAAAUUGGUCACUGCGGUAUCUAACAAUACUAUUCAAGUGCACACAUUUCCUGAAGGAGUUCCAGAUGGCUUACUGACCCGAUUUACCACAAAUGCAAACCACGUGGUCUUUAAUGGAGAUGGUACAAAAAUUGCUGCUGGAUCUAGUGAUUUUCUUGUCAAAAUUGUGGAUGUAAUGGAUUGCAGUCAACAGAAAACAUUUCGAGGACAUGAUGCCCCGGUUUUAAGUAUUUCCAUUGAUCCUAAAGACAUUUUUCUGGCAUCAGCUAGUUGUGAUGGAUCUGUUCGAAUUUGGCAAACUCUAGAUCAGACAUGUACUACUAGUUGGCCAUUACUACAAAAAUGUAACGAUGUGAUUAAUGCAAAAUCGAUCUGUAGACUUGCUUGGCAGCCAAAAAGUGGAAAGUUGCUGGCAAUUCCUGUGGAAAAAUCUGUUAAGCUGUAUAGAAGAGAAACUUGGAGUAAUGAAUUCGAUCUUUCAGAUAAUUUUGUUUCUCAGAACCUGAAUGUAGUUACCUGGUCUCCUUGUGGGCAAUAUUUAGCUGCAGGGAGUACAAAUGGUUUAAUUAUAAUUUGGAAUGUGCAAACCAGAAAUUGCUUGGAAAGGGUAAAACAUGAGAAAGGUUAUGCGAUUUGUUGUCUGGCUUGGCAUCCUACUUGUGAUCAGAUAGCUUAUACAGAUGUAGAAGGAAAUCUAGGACUCUUGGAGAAUGUUUGUGACUCUGAUGGGAAGACCGCAAACAGUGAGGUAUCUAGCAGAGUGGAAAAGGAUUACAAUGAUCUUUUUGAUGGAGAUGAUUCAAGUAAUGCUGGUGAUUUUCUUAGUGACAACGCAGUCAAAACCUCCUCUUUUUCAAAAGGGAUUGUGAAUGAUGAGGAUGAUGAUCUCAUGAUGACUUCAGGUUGUUCCAGACAACGAAGCCAUAUACUAGAUGAUGAUGAAAACUCAGUUGAUCUUACAAUGCUAAAAACUGGUUCAAAUCUUCUCAAAGGGGAGGAGGAAGAUGAUCAAGCAGCAACCACUCACACUCGACCCCUUGUAACAUCCCAAAGAUCGUUUUAUGAUGGGCCUAUGCCAACUCCUCGGCAAAAACCAUUUCAGCCGGGUUCUACACCCUUGCAUCUUACUCACAGAUUCAUGGUAUGGAAUUCUAUUGGAAUUAUUCGCUGUUAUAAUGAUGAACAAGACAAUGCCAUUGAUGUGGAGUUUCAUGAUACCUCCAUACACCAUUCAACACACUUAUCAAACACUAUGAAUUAUACAGUAGCAGAUCUUUCUCAUGAAGCUAUUUUGUUUGGCUGUGAAAGUGCUGAUGAAGUAACAAGUAAGCUUCACUGCUUACACUUCAGUUCUUGGGAUUCAAGCAAAGAGUGGAUGGUAGAUAUGCCUCAAAAUGAAGAUAUCGUGGCCAUAUGCCUUGGCCAUGGUUGGGCUGCUGCCGCCACUAGUGCCUUGCUCCUUCGCUUGUUUACUAUUGGAGGUGUUCAGAAAGAAAUCUUCAGUCUUCCUGGGUCUGUGGUGUCAAUGGCAGGACACGGAGAACAGCUUCUCAUUGUUUAUCACAGAGGUACCGGAUUUGAUGGAGAUCAGUGCCUUGGGGUUCAACUGCUAGAGCUGGGGAAAAAGAAAAAACAAAUUUUGCAUGGUGAUCCUCUCCCUCUUACGAGAAAAUCCUACCUUGUUUGGGUUGGAUUUUCAGCUGAAGGUACCCCGUGUUAUGUGGAUUCAGAAGGCAUUGUUCGAAUGCUUAACCGAGGGCUUGGUAAUACAUGGACACCUAUAUGUAACACAAGAGAACACUGCAAAGGAAAAUCUGAUCACUAUUGGGUGGUUGGUAUCCAUGAAAAUCCUCAGCAGUUAAGGUGCAUUCCAUGUAAAGGUUCUCGAUUUCCUCCAACCCUUCCACGUCCUGCUGUCGCUAUAUUAUCCUUUAAACUCCCUUACUGUCAGAUUGCAACAGAGAAAGGACAAAUGGAGGAACAGUUUUGGCGUUCAGUUAUGUUUCACAACUACCUUGAUUAUUUAUCUAAGAAUGGUUAUGAAUAUGAUGAAAACUCUAAAAAUAAAGCAAUAAGAGAACAACAGGAACUCUUAAUGAAAAUGCUUGCGCUUUCUUGCAAACUGGAGCGGGAAUUUCGUUGUGUGGAACUUGCUGAUCUAAUGACUCAAAAUGCUGUACAUUUGGCAAUUAAAUAUGCUUCUCGCUCUCGAAAAUUAAUAUUGGCUCAAAGACUUAGUGAACUAGCUGUAGAAAAAGCUUCAGAAUUGGCAGCAGCUCAGGUGGAAGAGGAAGAAGAAGAAGAUUUUAGAAAAAGACUGAAUGCUGGGUACAGUGAUAAUGUUACAGAGUGGAGUCAGCCACAGCUCAGAAACCAAGUUGAAGGUGAUGCAGAAGAAGAGAGAGAAGCUAAUGAUACAGAAGAAAAACCUGAACGACAACCUGGACAGAACCCAUUUUCCAAAAGUAAAACUUCUGAUGUGCCAGCUAAUAAGUCAGGUGCAGUUAUCUGUAGCAGCCAAGGACGAGUGAACCCCUUCAAGGUAUCAGCUAGUCCUAAAGGGCCAGCCACUCCAGUGAAUUCAGCACGAUCAACUAAUAUUUUAGACAGUAUGAACAAAUCAUCCAAGAGAUCCAAUGUAUUUAAUCGAGACACAAGUACUGAAAAGUCUCCAGUUAUCAAGCCUUUAGUUCCAAAACCAAAAUCGAAACAGGUAUCUGCAGCAUCAUAUUUCCAAAAAAGGACUUUUCAAACUGAUAAGACAGAGGAAACAAAGGAUGAAAACCCUAAAAAUUCAUCAGCUGAAAUUCCAGUUACUUAUUCUCAAAACACUGAAAACGAGAGGCCAAAAACUGGGUUCCAGAUGUGGCUGGAAGAAAACAGAAGUAAUAUUUUGUCUGACAAUCCAGACUUUUCAGAUGAAGCAGACAUAAUAAAAGAAGGAAUGACUAGAUUUAGAGUAUUAACAGCAGAAGAAAGGAAGGCAUGGACUACUAAGGCCAAAGGAGAAACUGCAAAUGAUGGAACCGAAGCAAAGAAGCGAAAACGAAUGGUUAAUGCAAGUCAUGAAACUGAAAAUCAGGAAGAAAAAGAAAAGGAGAAUCUGAAUUUACCUAAAAAGCAAAAACCAUUAGAUCUUUCAGCAAAUCAGAAACUGUCAGCUUUUGCCUUUAAGCAGGAAUAG